AUGAACACUGGUACAAGCGCUGCUAGAGCGGCACGCCCCUUGGCGCAGGCGGUGCGUCCAACAACAGCACGGGCCACGUCGCGACCCUCCACGGUCGCAGCUCGUGCCUUUGCUGGCUCGUCUCGAUCCCUGAGCAAGGGCGACAACUUUGGCAAGGCGAAAUCACUCAACACGGCUCCGUUUGCUUCGACCAAGGAUGACGUGGUGGUACCGUACCCAGAAGACAGCUCGCGUCAUCCUCGCGACGAUGUCGGACACAACACCACGGGCGGUCGCGUUGGGCGACACACGCAACGAACCCUCGCAAGCUUUUCGAUGGAAGGCAAGGUGUGCGUCAUCACUGGUGCUGCGCGUGGCAUCGGCAACUUGAUCGCACGUACCUUUGUCGAGUCUGGUGCCAACCACAUUGCCAUUGUGGAUCUCAACGAGGAGGAGUGUCAGCACGCCGCGAAAGAGGUCGAGGAGUGGUUCACCAAGCACGGUGGUGUCCAACCCGGCGAGCUCGACAUCCAGGGCUACGGCUGCGACAUCUCGGACGAAGCGUCGGUCCAACAAGUGGUUGAACGCAUUCACAAGCGCUUUGGAAAGAUCGAUGUCGCCGUCAACUCGGCAGGCAUCGUGGAGAACUUCCCAGCUACCGAAUACCCCACGCCCAAGCUCAAGAAGCUGUUCGACGUCAACAUCAGCGGUUCGUACUUUGUCGCUCGCGAAGUGGCCAAACGCAUGAUGGACGACAAGAUCAACGGCUCGAUUGUAAUGAUUGCUUCCAUGUCCGGCUCCGUCGUCAACGUGCCUCAGGCACAGGCGCCCUAUAACGCGUCCAAGGCAGCCGUCAAGCAGCUUGCCAAGUCGAUGGCCGUGGAAUGGGCCAAGAGUGGCAUCCGUGUCAACUCGCUCUCGCCCGGUUACAUGCUCACCUCGCUCAGCCGUGCCGUUCUGGAGAACAGCCCCAACGGUAAAGAGCUGCGAACGACCUGGGAGAACCUCACUCCGAUGGGCCGACUCGGCGACCCUGAGGAUCUCAAGGGCGCUGUCGUCUACCUCGCCAGUGGCGCUUCCGCUUUCACUACGGGCGCUGACCUGAUCGUCGAUGGCGGCUACACAUCCGUGUAA